GUUUCAAAGAUUAAACCACCCCAAGAAUUCUUUGAUUUUAGAAGACUUAGUAAACCAGUUAAUUUUGGUGAAGUUCAAAGUAGAGUUUCAUUCAAUCUUAAUUAUUUCCAAGCCAAUUAUGCUGUAUUUGUUUUAAUUUUAAGUAUUUAUGCUUUAAUUACCAAUUUAUUAUUAUUAUUUGUUACUGUCUUUGUUAUUGGAGGUAUUUUUGGGAUUAAUAAAUUAAAUGGUGAAGAAUUAAGAACUCCAUUUGGAAGUUAUAAUACUUCCCAAUUAUAUACUGGAUUAUUAAUUGUGGCUAUUCCAUUAGGAUUUUUAGCUAGUCCAAUUUCAACCAUGAUGUGGUUAAUUGGUUCAAGUAGUGUUGGAGUUCUUUCUCAUGCUUCAUUUAUGGAAAAACCAAUUGAAACUGUGUUUGAAGAAGAAGUUUAG